AUGGAAACCUCAGGAGGGCCUGCACAUCCACGUCCUGAGCAUGCCUGUCAGAUUGGUGCAUCGAACCUCCCUGAAUUCAAUUGGGGUGUUGGAGGGACCACAGCUGCCUUCCCAAAUGCCUCUGGCCAUCCUGAUUAUGGAGGAAUGACUGUUUUACCGGGGCAGCCUGGUGUUGGGGGAACGGUACCCCCUCCAGACAUCAUGAUCAACUCCACACUUGCUACCAGAAGUAGAACAGUGAACAGACACGAAAUCAUGGGCAGCUCAUAUGGCACAAACAACAACACUUUGGGAGGCACAGCAGUUGUGGGGACAGGUGUGGGCAGUGUGCCCAUUGGGGUGCAGUACCCCACCAUCGAUGUGCCAUCAGUGCCGAUGGUGGUCCCCACAGGAGGGCCCUUGCAUUCUGCAUUUGCUGCAGAUGGCCUCAUGCAACAGGCUUCUCUGAUGGAUGCUGCACCAACGCACAGCCCCUCAGGCUUUCCUGCAUCCAAUGCAAUGGGCCCCGGGAUUGGGCCACAGUUGGGGCUCCAGCAUGGGCCUCAGGAGACUCAGGUGCAAACUGUAGCUGCACAUGCCUCGGCUGAGGUGGUGUAUCCUGGACGGGAAUCUGCAUCCCAGAGUAUUGUGCCCACAAGACGGCAUGGAGGCCUCAGAGAUGUACACAUAUCUCUAGAGAUGCUGAAUACCUUCCUGGAGGUUGCCAAGAUGAACACCCAGAAGAGCAUCUCAACCUGUGCCCUCCUGGCUGGCGAGUUGAUUGCUGAGCACAGCCUCCUGCAGGUCAGGAAGCUAAUAUUCCCAAAACAGAAAGGCUGCGCAAACCGUGUGGAGAUGACGAAUGGGGAGGAGGAGGUCGUGGACGAGGUGCUUGGAGACGGCCUACUCAUGAUGGGUUGGAUCUACAGCCGCACUGAGGACGAAUGCGACCUAUCAUCGAUCGACGUUCACACAGCAUUCAGGUUUCAGAUUAUGCUCCCAGAAGCAGUAACAAUCGUGAUGGCGCCAGCAGACAAGCGACGAAAAUGUGGCAUCUUCAGGCUGACUACACCUGGCGGAAUGGAUGUGGUCAGGACCUGCGCGCUGCGUGGCUACCACGCGCAUAAGGCGCCAUCCACCGGGCAGGAAAUCUAUGAACUGUGCCAACACGUGUACCUCAACCCUCGGCUGAGAGUGAGCUGCAGAGAUUUGCGGUAG